CUCCUCGCAGCCCAUUUCCUGUACCAGGAGAAGGCCGAGUGCCUCUUCCUCAACGGGACGCAGCGGGUGCGGUACCUCUACAGGCAGUUCUACGACCGGCAGGAAUACGUCCGCUUCGACAGCGACCUCGGGAAGUUCGUGGCCAUCACGGCGUUUGGGGAGGCGGAUGCGGACAAGUGGAACAGAGAAAAGCAGAUCCUGCAGUACAAGAAGGCCGAAGUGGAUUCCUUCUGCCGACAGAACUACGAGACCGGCAGCUACGAGGCGGCCAAGAGGGAGGAGCGCCUGAUCGGCCGGAGAGGUGAGUCCUGGGGGGGAGGGUCUCUUCUUCCCUGGGAGGGGGAGUACCAGAAGACCGGAGUGGAUCGUUUCUGCCGAUACAACUAUGAGGUGUUGAGCUACGAGGCGGCCAAGAGGGAGGAGCGCGUGUUUGGCCGGAGAG